UUAUGAUAUAAAGUAGAAAGUGUCGAAUUUGUGUUAGAUGUAAACAGGUCACAGUCAACAUGUCAAUCCCUACAAAUAGCUUCUUAAUCAACUUUCUUGUAAUAAUAGCAACGAUAAUAUUAAGUGCUAUUAUUUACAUAAAAUAUAAAUAUGCAUAUUGGAAAAGGAAAGGUAUAGUGCAACUGAAACCAACAUUUCCUUAUGGAAACCAUGGAAGCGCGCUGCCUAGAGGAAUCGCAUUAGGUGGGGCAGUAAAGAAGUUCUACGAUGAGUUCAAAAGACAAGGACUAAAAGUAGGAGGUGUAUAUAUGGGUCUAAGUCCUCAGUUAGUAGUGGUAGAUCCAGAAUAUGCUAAGGAUAUUUUGACAAAAGAUUUUCAAUAUUUUACUGACAGAGGAAUAUAUAUUAAUAAAAAUAAUGCUGUAAGUGUAAAUAUAUUGACACAAGAAGGUGCAGAAUGGAGAGAAUCAAGAGCUAAAUUUACAAGCAUUUUUACGUCAGCAAAAAUGAAAUAUUUUUUUGAAACUCUAAGAAAAUCCAGUGAAGAACUGCGGACUAGCUUGAAACAAUAUGUUGAUAAUGAUAAAGACAUGGAUAUAUUUGAAAUGAUAGCAUGUUACACCACGGAUAUUAUAGGAGAUGUUAUUUAUGGUAUUGAAGCUGGCAGUUUUAAGCCAGAAGGCGCUAUAAUCCGAAGAUUGGGCAAUGAGCUUUUUGGAAAAUUUACAUUAUGGGAUCAAGUUAAAUUGUUCCUUACCAUCUGCUAUCCAAAUAUAGCAAAAAUUUUAAAUAUAAGUCCAAUUCAAGAAUACAUUGGAGAUUUCUUUAUUAAAUUUUUUAAGGAGGCGAUAGAGUAUAGGGAAGCAAACAAUAUCAAAAGGGCUGAUUUUCUGGAACUCUUAAUAGAAAUGAAAAAGGAAGGAGUAAAGCUGACCGACGAGGAGAUGGGCUCUCAGGCAUUCCUGUUCUUCGCAGCUGGAUUUGAAACAUCAUCGAUGUCUUCUUCUUUAACACUUUUUGAGCUUGCUCUACACCAAGAUAUUCAAGAAAAAGUUAGAGAAGAAAUUCAGACGGCUUUAAAAAGACACAAUGGUGAAAUAUCUUACGAAAUGUUAAAAGAAAUGACUCUUUUGGAUAAAGCUUUUAACGAAACUGUAAGAAAAUAUCCACCCCUAAGUGCACUAAACAGGACAUGUGUCAAAGACUACAAAUUUAAAAACAGCGACAUUGUGAUCGAAAAGGGUACUCCGGUUAUACUUCCUGUUAUAGGAUAUCAAGCAGAUGAAGAUUUUUAUCCCGAUCCUGUGAAAUGGGAUAUAAACAGAUUCGAAGAUAAAAAUGAAAAACAUGUAGGGUAUUAUCCCUUUGGAGAUGGACCACGCAACUGUAUAGGAUCAAGGUUUGGCAUUAUGCAAGUAAGAUUGGGAUUAAUAUCUGUGUUACGUGAUUACAAAGUAACGGUCAGUCCCAAUACAAAAUUACCGCUCAAAUUCCACGAACAAACCUUCGUUUCCAGCACCAUAGACCGCAUUUUGUUAAGAUUAGAGAGCGUUAAACAGGAUUAGGUAUCCUAAGAACAUUUUUUAAUCAAGUUGUUAGUAUGUUUUUAUAUUUAGAUACCUUUUAAGUUUUAUUUUAUUACAGAUAUUAUACUACUGUGUAUACACGAUUUCAUAAAACCCCUAGAAAGAUAUUUACGUAUAGAGAACAUAGUAUCUAUGUGAACGUGUUGCAUAUAAUUUUAGAACGAAACAAGCAGUAGUAAAGCUCAUUAUAUUAGGCUUUUGUAGAUUUUCAGAAGGCUUUUGAGCCUGUGAAUAAAAUAAAAUUAAACAAAGAUAAAUUCUACCAGGCUACAAUACAAAUUAGUUAUAAUGGAUAUUUAUAUAAGGGUGAUUCUCUCAAUCAUUUGAGCUUGCAGUAGGUGUUCACCGAGAUGGCAUACCUUCAAUUACUUUGUUCAUUAUUAUGUUAGAUGCGCUAAUGGGACACAUUGUAUAUGAAAGAAAGCUGUAUAAGUUAUGCUUCAUUGAAAAUUGCAAGUAAAAUUAUAAAAUGAUAAACAAAUAAAACCACAGAGGCUGUUGAAGUUUUUUAACUAAAUACGAUAACAUGGCUCACGAGCCAAACAUGACAGGUUGUGCCUGUCAUAUUUGGCUCUGCUAGAUUUGACAGAAUUAAGUUUUGGUUUGUUAUAGAUAAUAAUUUGUGUGUGACUUCAACUUAAA